GCUGAGAUCAUCAGUCUCUCUCUUAUUCGCGACUGAGGUUGUUUUAGGGCGAGCCCGACGUGCCGGCAAAUGGGCAACAUAACGAGUCGAUCUUUUCAUAGUGAUCAAAGUUUUUCAUUCAAUUCAGGAGAGCUUAUCGGAGAGUCGCGAAGGAGUUUGGACGAUCGAAAUUGUGGGAAGCGGAGGCCGGUACGAGGGAGGGCGUCCUUCGUGCCACGACUUUUGCAUGCAGGCAUUCCGCCGAACAACAGCCAGCACUAGCACUGCGACGCCAGUCAUGAUUCCUGCCAUCGGGUCGCCACCUUGCGGCGCCGCAGCCUGCCGCCCAGUUCGGCGCGAACUCUUCGGGACAGAGAAGAACCUUCGCUGCGGAUUGCCGAUCAUGCUGCCGAGCCUGAGCUGCCCCCUGGGUGAACCUUGUGGACCCCUUCGCACCUGAAC